AUGGCAGACAUACAGACGAUGAACCUUCCGAGCAAUGUCAAAAGGCUGCUCAGCGACAUCGACAUGGACCGAAACGGAGUGGUGGAUGACCCGAAUGUGGAUCACGUGGUUAAGAUGCUGGAGAUGAUGCGCGAGGAAUUCGGCUGUGAGAAGGGCCACGUGGCACAAGCAGAGAUGGACAAAGCGCUGAUACUGAUGUCGAAUCUCUUGCGCCAGAAGCGCGAGAACUCGGCAGAUAUGAGCUAUCGCCAUCUGAGCCCCUGCAUUCAGGACGUGAUGAAGGAGUGGGAUAUGGACGGUGACGGCACGGUGGCUCUUCAUGAGCUCACAGAGGCCGCCCACGCCUACAAGAAGGUCAAGAAGGAAGGCCGUCGCAUGAGGAAGAUGAUCAUCGGCCUUUGCUGCGUCAUCGGUGUGCUGCUGGCGGGGAUGUUCGUGCUCUCCUAUGUGGCGGCAGACAUGGCGAAGGAGAUGCGCAGCAGUGGCGACGGUGUGAUGCGCGCACAGGGCGAGGUGGUGAAGGUUGCGAGCUCCGACUUCACUUUGGUGGAUGGCCAGCUUGUGGCUCGUGAGGAACCCACUGCGGCCGAGUGCGGUACCAAUACCACCUGCCGUCGUCUGCAACGCCGCGGAGGCCGAGGUUUUCAGAAACCACUGCAAACGGCUCCGGCGACAAGAAGGGUGGAAGGAAUCUGCUCCCAGUCGAAAAGGUCGAACUUCGACAGGCUCAAGGCUUUGGACUUCCGCUGCGCGCAGCCUCUGCAUCUGCCGGUCGACAAGGUCAUGUCUGCAGAGAUGCGGGAGUGCAAUUGCGGACUUGUCAUGAACAUCCACACGGAGGAGGGCAUCGUGACCCUCGACGGAUGCGACGUGUACGUGGAUGACCCGAUGUUCGAAUUCUUGGAGCAGGCUCAGUGUGCGGCACUGACGAGGAACGUGAGAAGGGGUCGCCAGGGCCGGGGCGGCCGCCAGGGCCGGCAGCUGCUCGGAGCAGACAUCCUGGAUGGCACCUUUGAGUGGUUCGAGGAAGGCGAGGAGCCCUGCGAGAGCAACCCUCUCCCCGAUCCGCAGAGCAUCCCACAGUAUUAUCGCGCGGAGGUUCGCAUCACUGAGCUGCACCCGGACCCGCAGGACGAGGCCUUCUCCCAGUACUUCAGCGCCAACGGCUCCGCUCUGACCCUCCCGGGCAUUCUUUCCUACGACGGAAAGGUCUAG